CUGCGUGAGCAGAAGGACGCGGCCAAGGUGCAGGACUUCUUUCUGCAAGAAAUCCAGCUGGGCGAGCUGUGGCUGGAAAGAGGAGAGCAGAAGAAGGCCAUCGAGCACCUCACCAACGCAAUCUCGCUGUGUACGCACCCGACCGAGCUCAUGAACGUCCUGGAGCAGACUCUGCCGCCUCAAGUAUUCGAGAUGCUGGUGCACAGAAUUCCACACGUUACGCAACGGCUUGAGGCAGCCCUGCAUGAGCAGGAUCCGCCGGACGAGUGAGAGCGCGGUGUCGCACCCGGGGCUA